GAUCUAUGAAAGACUGCCACAACUACGAAACGCGUCAUUAGUUUUCCUCGGCUGAGAAACAACAAUCUUAGGUGCUAACGACGAUUUGGUUAUCAUGGAAGAGAUGUUGGAUUUUGAACAGAAUACCACUUACUCGAACAUUCAAAGGAAUACCACUUAUUUAUCAGGUGUAGGUCCUGUUGCACUCAGUUGUAACGACAAUAACCCUGGAUUCUUCAUGGGUCGGAAUGCUUUGAUAAAUGAAACAACUGGUGAUAAAAUAAUUCCAUUUCCAAUUAUAAAACCACCUGUUUGGGAUGGGAACCUCCAUGUAAACACCUCACAAGCUCCUGACACAGGUGAGAAUCUUUUCACAUAUCAUGCUACUGUUGAUGACACUGAGUCAUUUUCAGCCUCAAAACCACCCGCUUGGACCACAAGUCAUGAAGAAAAAAUUUCCCGAGAUGCAUUUGGAGAUUCCAAUGAAGGUAUUGCUACUUUAUUGCAUUGUGUUUCACGGGAAAGAAUGAAAUUUCCAACAAAACCUCCAAAAUCACCUGAGAAGGACGCAUAUCCCCUUGAAAACAUCUCAUCAACUCAAACUAAAAGCUUCAAACCAGAGAGCUCCGAGGGACAAUGUAAUUCAGAUGAUCAAGCUACUUCACUGACUCAAGAGAUGAAACGUAACUGGCUUUUCUUCUAAUCAUGACUCAAUUAAUGAUGAGAGAGUCUAUGAGUAAAAACUAAUCAGUAUGAAUUACAGCAAGGUUUCUUAUUUUAAAAGCCAAAUUAUACUCGCCUGCGGACGCUAUAAAAAGGUAGCAGCAGCCGAUUCAUACAGAGAGGCCAUACUCCUUGUUGCUUCUUGCUUGUUACCUUGCUUAGCUUCAGAAAACCGGGGUGAUCUCUAGCUGAAGUGUGAUACAAGGCUUGUAGACGUUGUAGGUGGAGUCUGGGCCAGAAGUGAAGGACUUUCAACUUCUC